AUGAAGCUCGUAACAGCUGUCAUUUUUCUGUCGGCGAUGUACUGGAAAGUGGAUUCCAAAUUUCAGUCCCCGACAGUCCAGGUGUACAGUCAUCUGCCUGGACAGUUCGGGGAGCCGAACACCCUGAUCUGCCACGUGAGCCAGUUCCACCCGCCUGACAUCUCAAUCCAGUUGUUGAAGAACGGAAAGGAACUGACAGACGCCUUUGAGACCGACUUGAGCUUCGAGAAGAACUGGCAAUUCCAUCUGACCAAGCAUAUUCAGUUCACACCUUCCAAGGAUGACAAAUACAUCUGCCGGGUUACUCAUUCGACAGACCCCGCUAAAUUCAUCGACUGGGGUGAGUCAAAUAUAUCACACAGGAAUCUCCUAUCCCAAUAUGGGCGGAGUUUCACGCCACCUUUGCACAGCAUUCGGACUAUUCUAGAAAUAAGAGUGAGCGCUGCUUCAAUUUUGCUUUCGUUUACUUCCCCUCCAAUCGUUCAGGUGUACACACAGACAAUAGGAUUGUUGGGCAAAGAUAACAUUCUACUAUGUCACGUGAGCAACUUCCAUCCACCGGUGAUCCAAGUGGACCUCCUGAAAAAUGGUGUCGUGAUCCAGAAGGCCAAUCAGACAGAUAUGGUCUUUGAGGCGGACUGGGAAUACUAUUUGACCAAAUAUGUGCCCUUUAUCCCCCAAAAAGGAGAAGAUUAUGCUUGCUUGGUGACUCACAGGGGAACUUCAAAGACCUUUGUUUGGGAACCGGAUAUGUAA